AUGACGGACCCAACGCUGAGGACACCGACGCUCCCGCGGAUGUUCGUGCCGCCGGCCAAGCCGCCCCUAGCCGGGUUAACGCCGAGCCAUCCACCGGGCGACCGAACGAGUAAGGCGGAGAAGUUUUGGCGGAAAGUCGUCUCACGACGCGUCCGGAAUAACCCGGAGAGGAUCCGCCGCGGGAUUGCCGGACGACGACGACCACCGGAGGACAUGCCGGUGGUCAACCUCUCUGAGGAAGAGGAUGGGCCACCGACCGCCGCCGCUCCUGCCUCCGCUCCGACCGCCGAGCCUACCAUCCGGCUCAUCGAGGUAUACCCUCGACAUACUUUUCGGCUCCUGCGACCACCAACGACCGCAGGAAGUGCCGUCUCCGCAGCGGGGGCCGCUGCCCCGAAACCGGCGGAAGUUGUAGCCGCUCGACCGACCGUUCAACCUCCGGCACCGAGGACGAACAGCGCACCGGCCGCCACCACCCCCGGGCCCGUGCCAGCCGUAGGGGACGCCCGAUCCGGCCCCGUCUCCUCGGGAAAAACGGCGCCGCGGAUGCUCCGCGACCCUUUUUGCUUACGACCGACGACACCGCGGGAGGAGCGGGAUGUCCUGGUGGACGGGUGCCUGAUCCGGGUGCCCAUCGGCA